UAAUUCCCGAUUGAGCGUGAUCGCGACACCUAGUGAAUAAUCAAGGAGGAUGGUUGACCCAGGUCGAGGUAUACUUCCGGGUCAUGAGACGCAACUUCCUGUUUUCUGGAGAAACGGCGUGGGCUUGGAAGAUUUUCUUCGUCUCGAAGAUUUCAUCAACAUUUAGCGGUUUUAGUGAGUCUACGGACGCUUUUGAGCAAGUAUACUGGUGUUCAAGUUUGUUCAGACGUAGCGCUCAACCUAGGAGGAUGACAUCAAUAAGUAAGGUGCAGAGUUUGGAUGCUGUCAGGAGAAAUGCAGAAGAGGAUGAUUCUGUGCAACCUGGUAGUAGCAGAGAGAAGAAGUGCUACAGGUGUGAGGAGUGCAGCAAGCAGUUUAGUCAGCUGUGUAUUCUUAAGUCUCACAUGCGGACUCACACAGGAGAGAAACCCUACAGAUGUGAGGACUGCGGCAGGCAGUUUAGAGAUCUGGUUAACCUGAAGAACCACAUGCGAACUCACACAGGUGAGAAACCCUACAGGUGUGAGGAGUGCAGCAGGCAGUUCAGUUGGCUGAGUCAUCUGAAUAAACACAAGCGGACUCACACAGGGGAGAAACCCUACAGGUGUGAGAAGUGCAGCAAACAGUUUAGUCAGCUGGGUAAUCUUAAGAGACACAUACAGACUCACACAGGGGAGAAACCCUACAGGUGUGAGGAGUGCAGCAGGCAGUUCAGUCAGCUGAGCGAUCUGAAGGGACACAUGCGAACUCACACAGGGGAGAAACCCUACAGGUGUGAGGAGUGCGGCAGGCAGUUCAGUCAUCUGGGUCAUCUGAAGAAACACAUGCGAACUCACACAGGGGAGAAGCCCUACAGGUGUGAGGAGUGCAGCAAGCAGUUCAGUGAGUUGAGUAAGUUGAAGAUCCAUAUGCGUACUCACACUGGGGAGAAACCUUACAGGUGUGAGGAGUGCAGCAGGCAGUUUAGUGAGCUGGGCCUUCUGAAGAGACACAUGCGCACUCACACAGGGGAGAAACCCUACCAGUGUGAGGAGUGCAGCAGGCAGUUCAGUCUGCUGGGCGAUAUGAAGAAACAUAUGCGGAUUCACACAGGUGAGAAGCCUUACAGGUGUGACAAGUGCAGCAAGCAGUUCAGCAGGCUCGCUCAUCUAAAGGGACACAUGCAAACUCACACAGGGGAGAAACCCUACAGGUGUGAGGAGUGCAGCAAGCAGUUCAGUGAGCUGGGAAGUCUGCAGAAACACAUGCGGACUCACACAGGGGAAAAGCCUUAUAAGUGUGAGGAAUGCAGCAAGCAGUUCAGUGAGCUGGGUAAUCUAAAAAGACACAUGCGAACUCACACAGGAGAGAAACCCUACAAGUGUGAGGAGUGCAGCAGGCAGUUCAGUCAACCCAGAAGUCUAAGAAAGCACAUGCAAACUCACCAAUAAGAAAGGCCAGGACCAAUAGUAUUAUAUAGAGAUGUUGGUCACAUGGAAAAUUCUGGAGAUUGCCGACAAACAUGGAUAAAUUGUCAAGUGAAGUAAUAUUUUUUCACACUUUGUUUAGUUGUUUAGUAGUAUAGCCAGUUUUUUAUUGUAACUCCACGUACAUUCUUCUUCUAAUGAAAGGCAUUACUUUUAUUUACUUUUCGAUAUUUCAAGUUCCCAACCUUAGAUUAGUUAGAAAUGUAUAACACAGUAGAUUUUGUUCAUUAUUAAUCUUUGUUUUCUUAUGGUGCAUGCCCUGUUGUAAUAUGCCAAGUUUUUAAUUUAUUGUGAACCAACAGUUAUAGAAAAAAUGUUCUAUAUUUUAGGCUUGUAGUUUAUCUCUAAUCUAACGAUAGAACUGGUGAAAGCAGUUAAUUGUGUGAAGAAGACUUGUUUCAUCAUUACUAACUACUUGUGAUCUCAAGAUGGUUCUUUGUACUAAUCUACAUUUAC